AUGUCAAAGCCUCCGUCUGCAUCUGAGCAUACUUGGUCGGAACCCCUGGUGACCCCGGCGACCGCGAAUCCCCAUGACGGCGUCCACCCGUCCAACCCGUCUCCAGGCAAGCAGCCGCGCCCCCCCCUCGUCCAGGAUGAGGACGGUGUCUACAAUGCCGCCUCCCCCUCGCGCGCCGAAUCCCCCACCUCGUCCCAAUGGGCCCAACCCGUCGCCCAGUUCCCACUGAAGCGGGCCACCACCUUGCCGCUGGAGCGACUCGCCCGCCCCGAGCGCGCCCAUAGCCCCCAACUGUCCGAGCGAGACAGCAUUUUCGCCACCCACUACCUCCCCUCCGAUACCGACAGCUCCGGCGCGACCGGCAACCCCAGCACCACCACCGCCGCCGCCACCGCCGCCGCCGCCCUGUCACGGCCCCCGGCCCCCCCGUCGUGGUCGUCGUCCUCGCGGCGUCCGCCUCACGCGUCGCCCUUCGAUUCCGAGGCGAUCUGGGGCGGCGGGACCCCGGCGUCCCCCUCGCCGGCGACGGGGCAGGCCUCGGUGGACGCCCGCGCCAGUCGCAGCCUGCUCUCGGCCUCCCUCAGCGAUGAUGUCGUCCUUCCCGACCGGCCUUCGCGAGCGGAGCGCCCGUCCGGGGCCCCGGGGAGCGGAACGCCAGCCGGAGUCGCCGCCAACCUGGCCAACGCCGAGCUGGCGUCGCACGUCCGCAGCCGCAAAUCGAGUCACUACCUGGGCCUCUUCAAGGAAAAUACCACCUCGCCGGAUCGGAAGCGGCGGGAGGACCGGGGGCGUGCCGACGAGCUUCCGGCGGCCGGGGACGCCCAGGCGGACCGGGAGCCGUCCGGGGAACCUCCCGCCCCGCCCGAGGCCACGGGUCGGCGAACCACCCAGAGCGUGCCGCGCCUCUCCUGGCACGACCCCCCGGUCAUGGCGCCGACGCCCCCCGACACCGACCUGCGGCACGCGCGGAGCGACGACCUGUCCAUCCGCCCGCCGACCGCCCUGCCGCGCAGCCUGCUCGAGGAGAUCCGCAACUUUCACCUGACCCCGGGCGGCGCGCGGGGCUCCUCGUUCUCCGAGAGCAUCCCCACCCAGUACGCCGAACGGGGCGGCGACUAUCUCAACAAGGGGACCCCCGGGGACGAGACCGCGGACCGCGGGUCGCGGCGGGGGUCGUCGGGCGGUCCCGUCGAGGACGAGGAGGACGAGCAGAUCGCCUCGGCCGUCUACUUCCCCCACGAGUCCGUCGCGGUGUCGGAGGCGGUGGACCCCCGGCGGCGCUCGGGCGCCACGGACGAGCUGCCGGACGGAGCCCCGCCGCUGGCCGUCUCGCCAGCCCCGCGGAAUCACCUGCUAGUGCCCACGCGACAGAGUCCGCCCGAGGGGCCCGAGCCCAGCCACGUCGACAUCUCCCUGCGACGACCGCCCCCCGCGCCGUCUCUCGGCGCCCUCCUCCCCGACGACGAGUCGACCUGCGGGUCGGAGAACAGCUCGGUGGAUGGCAGCGAGAUCUCCGUUCUGGACGAGGAGUCGAGCGUGACCGACGACGUCGACGUGCCGCCGACCGACGACGUCGACGUGACCCCGACCGCGACCCCGACCCAGGGCGCCCGCACGUGGCGGCACCGCCGCAAGCAGCACGGCCAACUCGUCGGCGCCGUCGAGUUGAAGCCCUACCGCCAUCAGGUCGGCGGCCACACCACCGUCUUUCGCUUCUCCCGCCGCGCCGUGUGCAAGCAGCUCAACAACCGCGAAAACGAGUUUUACGAGCGGAUCGAACGCCGUCACCCGGACAUGCUGAUGUUCCUCCCACGAUACAUCGGCGUCUUGAAUGUGACCUUUUCGAAAACCCCCAAGCGACCCAAGGCGGCCUCCGAGAGUCAAGAGCAGCCGCCAAACGCUGCCGAUCGACUCGUCAGCCGCGCCCGGGAGCCUCCCCUCGCCGAGCCCGCCUCCGUGAGCGGCGCCCCCCUGUCCGAGGUCGUCGAGAAACCGCGCAUCUUCAGUCAGAGCCAGGUUACGGGUAUCAUCCCCAAGGUCAUCCUGGAGAACAACCGCCACAUCAUUCCCGCUGAUCUCUUCUCCCGCCCCCAGCGCCCCCGCACCGCCGACGGCGUGCGCCCGAGUCGGCCGCGAUCCGCCCAGGGCCCCGGGGCGCCGCCCGAUCCGUCCCCGCUGACGAGCGGCCGUGCCGCCGGAGAGGAGGACCCGGUUCCCACCACUUCCCCCCGCAAGCCGCUGUCGCGACCCAUCUGGGGCGCCACGACCGUUAACCGGAAGCUGCAGGAGCAGGUCCUCCGGGAAGUCUUCAGCCCCCCGGCCAUCCACCACCACCGUCGGCACCCGCGCGGCCAUCUCAACCUCCCGCGCACCACCUCCGACGGGGGCCGUCGCCGCGCCAAUCAGUCCGAGGACCAAACGGCCAGCAGCCGUCGCAGCGCCCCGGCGCCCCCCGACCCCCCGCGGUCCACGGCCAUCGACAUCGCGACGACGGCGGGUGAUUCCCAGGGGUUGUCGUCGUCCGCCUCCACGGCGUUGGACGCCGCCACGUCCUCCCGCCUAGAGAAGAUCCGAACGGAGGAGGCGGCGCCGCCCCGGUCGAAUUCGCUGUCGCGCACCCGUCCGGUGCGACGCCGUCAUUCCGGCAGCGGCCUGCAGCGGCUCGGCAGUCUCGACGCGGAGCACCCCGGCGGAGACCUGGUGUUCGUCGACGACGACGGGUACGGUGGCGACCAGGAGGACGAGAUCUUCGCGAUGGAGGGCGAUGCGUCCAUGCCCCGCCGCCGCCCCCCCGAGGAGACCGCGCACACGCCCUUCGACCUCGUGCGCACCGACCCGACAGGCACCGGCGGCGGCGGCCGGUUCGCGCUGCCGUCCAACCCCAAAGAGGCUCAGACCCGGAAGGACGAACGCGUGCAGUUCUUCCUGCUGCUGGAGGAUCUGACGGCGGGCAUGAACCGGCCCUGCGUGCUGGACCUGAAGAUGGGCACGCGGCAGUACGGGAUCGACGCCGAUGAGAAGAAGAAGAAGUCUCAGCGCCGCAAGUGCCAGUCGACCACCUCGCAGCAGCUGGGGGUCCGGCUCUGCGGCAUGCAGACCUGGAACGUCCGCAAGCAGGAGUACACCUUCGAGGACAAGUACUUUGGCCGCGAUCUCAAGUCCGGCCGCGAGUUCCAGGAUGCGUUGACCCGGUUCCUGUACGACGGCGUCAGCUACUCGAGCGUGGCGAAGAAGAUCCCCAUCAUCCUCGAUCAGCUGGCCCGGCUCGAGAACAUCAUCCGACGGCUGAAGCGCUAUCGCCUCUACGCGAGCAGUCUGCUGAUCCUCUACGACGGCGAGCAGGCCCCCGCUGCGGACGACCCGCGGUCCGGACGCGCGCCGAACGACGGACACAACAACCCGAACGUCCACCUGAAGAUCGUGGACUUUGCGAACUGCGUGACCGGUGAGGACGGCGUGCCCCCCACGGCGCGUUGUCCUCCGCACCAUCCCGACGACAUCGACCGCGGCUACCUCCGGGGGCUGCGGUCGCUGCGCAUGUACUUCCAACGCAUCCUGAAGGAGAUCACCGAGGACGACUACAUCGAACGCGGCGAGGGCGAAGCCAUCGGCUUUCGGGUGCAGAUGGCCGGGCACGAGGUGUCGUCGGACCGCUACUGGGAUGAAGGGGUCGUGGAGAGCGAUCCGGGUGAAGUUAGUAUGUAG